AUGGUUGAAGAGUUAGUUAUAAUGCAAGCGAUAUCAGGAUCAGAUUUUUCAAUAGUUUUUGAAAUGUCAACAAAAGCGUAUGUAAUUAACAUUGAAACAACAGGUUUUUAUUCAGAACUAAACAUUUCGUUAGAAAAUCUGGCCUUAAGCGUACGCUUUUUGCCAGUUGCUGUCAUUUGCUGCUGUCAUACAUCGUAG